GGAAAAUACAAGAGCGCAUCAACGGAACUAGAGAGCAAGUUCGGCGCGGGGUCCGGGCGCUCGAUCCCCGUCCGGAACAUCGCGCUGCCGGACCUCUCGCUGCCCAUGCAGCUGCCCUACAACGAGCAGUUCUCGCUGUUCGUGCCCGCGCACCGCCAGCUCGCCGGGAAACUAAUCGACAUCUUCAUGAAUAUGCGAGAUGUCUCCGACUUGCAGUCUGUCUGCUCGUACUGCCAACUGCGCAUCAACCCGUACAUGUUCAACUACUGCCUCUCCGUCGCCAUUUUACACAGGCCAGAUACCAAGGGUCUGAACAUCCCCACGUUUGCGGAGACGUUCCCGGACAAAUUCGUGGACCCCAAGGUGUUCCGCAAGGCGGAGACCACCACCGUCGUUCCUGAUGGCUCCAGGAUGCCAGUAGUCAUCCCGCAAAACUACACGGCGGCUGAUGCUGAACCGGAGCAGCGCGUGGCGUACUUCCGCGAGGACAUCGGCAUCAACCUGCACCACUGGCACUGGCACCUUGUCUACCCCUUCGAGGCUGCUGACAGAAACAUCGUCAACAAGGACAGAAGAGGCGAACUGUUCUACUACAUGCAUCAACAAAUUAUCGCUAGAUACAACUUCGAGCGUCUCUGCAACAACCUGCAAAGAGUGCAGCGGUUCAAGGACUUCAGGGCCCCCAUCGACGAAGGAUACUUCCCUAAACUGGACUCCCAAGUGGCUUCCCGCGCCUGGCCUCCCAGAUUUGCUCAAAGUACCAUCAGGGACCUGGAUCGUCCUGUGGACCAGAUCCGCGCAGACGUGUCUCAGCUGGAAACUUGGCGGGACCGCUUCAUCCAGGCGAUUGAAGACGGCGCUAUUGACCUGCCAAGCGGCCGCAAGCUGCCUCUAGACGAGCAGACCGGUAUCGACGUCCUGGGGAACCUGAUGGAGGCGUCAGCUCUCAGCCGCAACCCUGCCAAGUACGGAGACCUCCACAACAUGGGACACGUCUUCAUCUCGUACGCCCACGAUCCUGACCAUAGACAUCUUGAACAAUUCGGCGUGAUGGGAGAUUCCGCAACAGCCAUGCGAGACCCGAUCUUCUACCGCUGGCAUUCCUAUGUUGAUGACAUCUUCAACUUGCAUAAAGCCAAGCUCGCGCCUUACAGCAAGCAGCAGCUGGACUUCCCCUCCGUCCGAGUUUCCUCCAUCAGCGUUCAAGGCCGCGCUGGAGCCAACACCUUCGCCACCCAGUGGGAGCAGAGCACCGUGGACCUCUCCCGGGGACUCGACUUCCAACCCCGAGGCACCAUGCCUGCCACCUUCACGCAUCUGCAGCACGACGACUUUGUCUACAACAUCGAGGUGAACAACAUGAGCGGCCAGUCUCUGAUGGGCACCGUGCGCAUCUUCCUGGCGCCGGUGCAGGACGAGAGCGGCCAGCCGCUGCCCUUCGAGGACCAGCGGCGAGGGAUGGUGGAGCUGGACAAGUUCUCCGUUGGAUUGCGGCCCGGCAACAACAACAUCAAACACAACAGCAAGGACUCUUCGGUCACCAUUCCCUACGAGCGCACCUUCCGUAGCCAGGAGGCUCGCCCCGGCCAGCCCGGCUCCGACCAGGCGGCCGAGUUCGACUUCUGCGGCUGUGGCUGGCCGCACCACAUGCUGCUGCCGAAGGGCACUAGCCAGGGAUUCCCCUGUGUGCUGUUCUGUACUGUCACCAACUGGAAUGAGGACCGGGUGGAACAAGACCUAGUAGGCUCCUGCAACGACGCGGCGUCGUACUGCGGCAUCCGCGACCGCAAGUACCCAGACAAGCGCGCCAUGGGCUUCCCCUUCGACCGCCCUAACCCUGCGCGCUCCCUCUCAGACUUCCUGCAGCCCAACAUGGCGGUGCAGCAGUGUACUAUCCGGUUCACGGAUGCUACGAGGGUCAGAGGCAAGCGAUAAAUUGUUCAUUAGUGUUGCCCUAACUUUACCAACAUUAUUCAGUACAAUAACAUCAAAAGUAGCACAGGAGACUACUCUUCAGAAUGAUAGUCCAUUUUGUAACCGUUAUACAAAGAAAUGUGUACUAAAAUUUUUACAUUUCUGACUGCGAGUAUUUCUAAUACAUACGAGUAUAAUAUUUAUUUAGGAUGUUGUAUUUUGGUGCGUUGUUUCAUCUGCUACUGCUAUGCUGAACUCAUCCAUUACUAUGAACAUCAUCCAAAAACUUUUUAUAGCAAAAUAUUGUCCGUGUCUAUUUAUACCUACUUACACAUUUUACACUACUAGACCUUAAGUACAACAAACUUGCCACUUCAUAUGGUUGCUGAAAGUUAAAAGAUUUCAAAGUCAGGGCAUUAUUACCAUGUUUAUUGUAAUCGACUUUGCUUUAUGAAUACUGGACACCGAUUGAUGUAGAAUAAUUUUUAGUUAAUUAGGUAGUUUCUAAAUACUAUAAUGUUUGGGUAUUACGCACCUAUAGUAGUUAUAAUAGCAAAUGUGUUUAUUUUUGUAAGCUUUUGUUCUUCUUAUACUUACCUCAUUUAUUAUUUUUGUUAGUUGUAAACGGUACCUUAUUAGAUUAUGUAUUUACAUAACAUUGUGAACUUAAGUACAAAUACCUGCGUUGAUCUUUGUGAUAAGAUUGUUCAUUAGUGUAAGAUUUUGAUCUACAACCCUUCAAAUGGUAGUUGUCUUUUUGAAUGUUAGUUAAGUUAGUUUUAGCAAACGGGUUUAUUAUAGCUAUUGCAUAUGUAAAUACUGUAUAUAGUUAUAACGAUAAGACUGAGUAAAUAUAGCCUCUUAACAAAAA